CUUCGUAUAUAUAAAGCACUACCGCCUUUCACAAACUAGUCUUUGAAUUGAAAUAGAACCAUGGAAAGACAAUUGAUUGCUGCUUUUUUGGCAGCAAUAAUUUUAAAUUUACAAGUUGCGGCCUACACAGAACCAAUAUUACAAGCUGAUAAAGAUUUUGCACAAAAACAAAAAGAACUCUAUCAUCUUUUUUGGCAUCUAGAUCAACCUACAAUUCAUUCUCCAGAAUUGUAUGAAAUUGCUAAGUCAUGGAAUAUUGCCGAUCACAUUGACGAUUAUACAGACAAGGAAGUGGCAAACAAAUUCUUGGGACUUUGGAAGAAUGGAAUGUUACCACGUGGGAUGUUAUUCCACGUUUAUUCUAAUCUCCAGACACAAAUGAUUAGCCUUUUUGAUUUGUUAUACUUUGCAAAGGACUAUGAAACUUUUUAUAAAACUGCAGUUUGGGCUCGAUUUAACGUUAACGAACAAAUGUAUCAGUAUUGUCUAUUUUUAGCUAUUCUCCAUCGAUCAGAUACAAAACACAUCAAUUUACCAUAUCUUUACGAACUAACACCCCAUUAUUUUUUCAAUGAUGAUGUCAUAUUUAAGGCCCAACGCAUUCAAAUGGGAGACGUUGAAAAUGAGAACAAAAAUUCCUAUACGAUAAAUGCAAACUACACUGGAUGGUACAUAACCCAAAAGCAUGAUAUGGAAUGGAAAUUAAAUCAUUUUACGGAAGACAUUGGAAUGAAUACAUUCUAUGCUUAUAUUACUGCUAUUUUUCCUGGUUGGAUGGAGAGUGAAAAAUACAAAUUGAUGAAAGACGUUCGUGGAGAAUCGUAUUAUUUUUUGCAUAAGCAAAUUCUAGCACGCUAUUAUAUGGAGAGAUUAUCACAUGACUUGGGCCAAGUGGAAUAUAUUGACUGGGAUAAACCAAUUGUUACUGGUUACUAUCCAAGUAUGAUACAUCCUACAGGACUUCCUUUCCCUCAAAGACCAUCUUGGUCGGAUGUUCCACUUUAUAAAUAUAAAAACGUCGAGAGAAUCAACAACAUAGAAUCUCGCAUAAGCAUAGCGAUCGACAGCGGAAAAGUAAUGACACAAGACAAAAGUAAUUAUUACGAAUUCUACAAAGAUUACAUGAAAGACAUGAAUUACUUGGGAAAUAUGAUUCAAGGAAAUAUGGAUUCAUCCUUUUUAAGAUUCUACGAUUCACUGGAUGGACUUUCAAGAAAUAUUCUUGGAUAUGGACAAAAUCCGUCAUCAAAAUAUCAAGGAAUUCUUAGUGUCCUGGAUAUGAGUGUCACUAAUAUGAGAGAUCCAGGAUUUUAUCGGAUGUACAAGAAGAUUGUUGAUUUCUUUUUAAAAUAUAAAUCAAAUCUUCCACUAUAUACUCAAGAGGAAUUAGAAUUUCCUGGAGUGAAAAUUGAUUCAGUUGUUGUUGAUAAAUUAGUCACAUAUUUUGAUAUAUUUGAAUCAAUUAUAAAUAAUGGUGUUGCUAUUCGUAAUGAAAAGGAAGCAAAAUCAGUUUUAAUUAAAGCUCGUCAGCAACGACUUAAUCACAAACCUUAUACUUAUAAUAUAACAAUAAACAGUGAAAAAGAUACAAAGGGUUGGAUACGAAUUUUCCUUGGACCAAAGUAUGAUGUUCAUGGACAUGAAAUUGAUAUGAUAGACAAUUGGAUGAAUUUCUUUGAAAUGGACAAAUGGGUUGUUGAUUUAAAAUCAGGGACAAAUGAAAUUAAACGAAGUAGUCAUGAAUCAUUCUACGUAACUCCUGAUGGAAUACCAACUACUGAAUUUCUUAAAAAGGUUCAACAUACCAUUGACACAGGAGAGGGAUACAAAUAUUCAUCUCAAAUGUACGGAUUUCCUGAUCGUAUGAUGCUACCAAAAGGAAAAUCAGAGGGAAUGAUUUUCAAACUUUUUGUUUAUAUUAGCCCCUAUAAUGAAUAUAUGUCGGCGGACGUAGAUAUUCCUGUUUAUGGCAAAAAACAUUUUGAAUUUAAACCUAUGGGUUUCCCCAUGGAUAGACCAAUGUAUUAUUAUGAUAAUACUAUGCCUAAUAUGUAUUGGAAGGAUGUUCCUAUCUUUCAUAAAAAGGUUUAAAAUUCAAAAGUGAUUCAAUUUGUAAAUUAAUUUUACUAACAUAACAUUGAAUGUGUGUAUAUUUUAAAGAGUAUUAUUAUAAAUACAACAGAUUUUUAGAUUUAUAAACGUGGCUAUAGUAUUCGUAAAUUUAAUUGUCUUUUACUUCAAAGAGAGAUUAAUUAAUUGCUUACAAACUCAUUUUAUCUAUAUCUAAUGUCAUUUUUAAAAAUAAACAAAAAGUAUACUGAAAA